AUAAAACAUCCUCUUUGAAACUGACAGAAACAUGUGACAAAUAUACAAAGAAAUGCUUUGGUUGGUAUCAAUGAUUUUGCAAAUAUUAUUUGAUUAUGUAUCAUUAGGUUAGAAGACCAUCCCACCAAAACCCAUCUUCUAACUCCCAAGGAACAGCGGAAAGACAAAAAAGCUUGCUCCUUUCUUCGUGGGUUUGUCGUGUUUUCUGAAUCGAAAUGGGUAGAAUCUCUCGGGUAAUGGCGGAUUUCUUCUUGGCGUUCAUGUGGGUAUGGUCGGGUGUUCUGGUCAACAUCUUUGUUCAUAGAAUCCUGGGAUUUGGGCGCGACAUGUCUGGUGAGCUCGUCCGGUAUGUUCUGUCCGUCGCCAACAUGUUCUUGUUCGCUUAUUUCCAGAAGCUCACCAAUGGCGGACUUCACAACCCUUUGAUGGCUCUUGCUUCUUCUGUCUCCGGUGGCGUCGCCGAAUUCAUCUUCGCCGUCGCUAUCAGAAUCCCGGUCGAGGUGAUAGGAACCAUCAUCGGGGUCAAGCAUAUCCUGCAGACAUUUCCAGAGAUUGGACGAGGGCCACAUCUGAAAGUAGCCAUCCAUCGUGGUGCCCUGACAGAAGGGAUGCUUACUUUUGCCAUUGUCACGAUAUCUUUAGGGCUGACGAGAAAAAUCCGGGGAAGUUUCUUCAUGAAGACUUGGAUUGUAAGCCUUUCGAAGUUGACUCUUCACAUUCUUGGCUCUGAUCUCACCGGUGGAUGCAUGAACCCAGCCCCCGUGAUGGGAUGGGCCUAUGCCCGAGGUGAACAUAUAACAAAGGAGCACAUACUUGUGUACUGGCUUGCACCGGUUCAGGCUACAUUACUCGCUGUUUGGAUCUUCAGACUCGUGGUUAAACCUCAGACAGGGAAACAAGAGAAACCCAAGGCUAAACAUGAAUGAGGACAGUCUCAACAUUUCUACCGACGGGCUAUUCUCCAGAUUCCAAACAUGAUAUUGUGUAUCGGUUGGACUAGAGUAGAACAAGAGAGACUCUCCGGAAGUUUCUGAUUUGGUGAAUUGUAUGUUCUUCAAACUGUAGAACGGAAUAGAGAAGUGGAGUUUAACUUCACUGCCAUGCCAUUAGAUUGUCGUCUUUAGAGUUAGAUCUCCACAAGAUUUGGAACUAUAAUGUCUAAAAAAAGAAUCCUAGGUGUCGUAAGGGUCUUUGGCAAAGAUUGUCUCUGUAAAUGUCGGAAUGCAGAAGCCAUGGUGAAUGCAAUUGUUUCUCAGGUUCUAUAUGUCUGAUCACAGAAACAUUCAAGAGCUAUAUCAUCAAUACACGAGUGUGGGC